ACUGGGUGGAGCUGCAGCUGGACGUGAGCGAGUGCUGGGCUCUGUAUGGGGGCCGCCUCAUCGGACUGAGCACGACCCCUGCCACGACCAGCCUCUUGUUACAGCCCCAUCCAGGCCCCAGAGAUUCCCUGCAGCUACCUCCGAUUGUCUGCGUGCUGGGCCAGCGAGCCUGUUCCUUUGUGGUCACAGUCCUUACUGGGCAUUCAGUGACCCUUGGAGCUGCUUCCGUAGCCCCCCGCACUGCCCUGCGAAGCUAAGCAGGGUUGGCUGGAUUAGCACGCCCAGCAGGAGAUGUAGAAGAUGGCGCUGCUGUGCGAGCGGGCGGUCAGCAUGCACAAAGCCACUUGUGAGAAGGUCUUCGUGGUGGAGCAGGCCGUCAUGGCCGACAAGAAUCGGCUGGACCCCACCUGGCAGGAGACGCUCAACCACGCCACCUGCAAGGGGCACCAGAACGAGAUCUGCUCCGACAGUGGAGAAGCGAGUGGCGAUCACACGCAGGACACUUCCAAUCCCGGAUUGCUAUCAGUUGGUGGGAAAUCAUUUGGGAGCUGGAAAAUCCACAGUGCGGGCUCCUGUCAUGCACGUGUGCAGGGCCAUUAACUGUCUUCUGCUGUGCAGGACGGUGACUCUCGGCAAUGCGCAGGGACACAGGGGAUGGAUCUGCAGCACUGGGGUUCUCGAACUGCAGGGAGGUGACAGAUGGCAGACACAUCCCUGUUUUGUCCCCUGCCCAUCGUGCCGCAGGUUACAGCUACAGAAAGGGCAAUUUUCUUUGGUUACGUAAGUGCGGGGGAAUCACUGGGCUGCUUCACUGCUCUCUUGUGGACUGGUCAGGGAACGUGCAUGACACUCACAUCUUUAACAACACAGGAUGGUUCAGGAAGCUACAAGCAGGGACUUUCUUUCCCAGCUGGCAGAUUACCAUUGGUAGUGUUGAAAUGCCAGUAGUGAUCCAGGGGGACCCAGCCUACCCCGGUUCCCCUGGCUCAUGAAGCCGUACACGGGCCACCUCGAUAGCGCCAAGGAGAGAUUAAACUACCCGCUCAGCAGGUGCAAGGUGAGAGACUUUGUGUGGGACACUGGGAGUUUUUACUCACUAGGGCAGAUCUCAGUGAGAAAAACAUCCCAUUGGUUACAGCUGCCUGUUGUAUCCUGCAUGGUGUCUGUGAGGCCAGGGGGUUGGGGAGUUGCUGCAGGGGUGGAGGUGGCUUUGAAUGAGGCAGCCCCAGUAAUCUGUCCAUUUAUAACUAUGGCUCUGUGUUUCCUGUAGCUUAGGGUUUAUGUGGCACUUGCUGUGCAUUGACAAGUGACGUUUGCUUUCAGUCCUGCUGUGAUUCUGCAACACGUGUUGAACUGACAA